AUGCCAAAAAGAAAGUGUUUGUUUUCGGACGAUUAUACUAAAGAGUGGUCAUUCAUUAAAAGAGGAAGAAAUGAUUAUGAAGCCUUUUGUUCAAUUUGCGGCUUUCAUAUAUCUGUCAGUCACGGCGGUAAGUCAAGUGUCAAAGACCAUAUCCAAAGUAAAAAUCACAAGACGAAAUUAUCAGUUGCAUCAACUUCUAGAGAUAUAUCGACAUUUAUGAUCACGCAAUGUACUGCCGAAGACAUGUUAAUAUGCGCUGCCGAACUGACCACAGCUUAUAAAGUCGUAAAGCACCACCAAUCGUUUAGCUCUUUAGAUUGUACGACAAAACUGAAUGCCGUAAUGUAUCCUGAUUCAAGUAUCGCAGCAAAACAAUCAACUGCAAGAACAAAAGCUACUGCUAUCAUUAAACACAUUUUAGCUCCACACUCGAUCGCGCAAAUUAAAACAGAAGUCGAAAAAGUUCCUUUUUACGGCAUUUCAACCGAUUCUAGCAAUCACGAAGCCGAAAAGUUAUUUCCACUGCUGAUACAGUACUUUACGGAAAAAGAAGGACUGCAAAUUAAAUUACUAAAAAUAGACUCAUUGCCGAAUGAAACAUCUGAUACAAUCACUUCAUUUUGUAUAAAAUCGUUGCAGGAUCAGAACAUCCCCGUACAAAAUAUUGUUGCUUUCAGCGGGGAUAACACAAACACUAACUUUGGCGGAAGAGAUAGGUACGGAGUUAACAAUGUUUUUUUUAAAUUAAAGGAGAUUUUGUCCAAAGACAUUGAAGGCAUCGGUUGCCCAGCGCACAUUCUGCACAAUACAGCGUCCACUGCUGCCGAUGUGAUGUCGAUUGACGUGGAGUCUAUUGUUCUGAAAAUUUUCAAUCAAGCAUUUCUGAUUGAAAAACAAAUUAAAAAGAUUGAAAAAUCAGUUAUUACCAUUGUUGAAGUGAAAAAUGUAUUACAGGAUACAAAAAAACAGUUGAGUGACAGAUUGAUAAAUAAAUAUUUAGGCAAUCAAACAACACAACUUUAUAACAAACUAAAGAAUGAAGGCACAAUUAAUACAAGUCAAUCCGAAACAUUUGACAAAGAAACAGGAGAUUUCUUUAACACUGCUAUAUGUUAUCUCGAACAGUGGACAGAGCCGAUGACAAAAUUUGAUGUUUUCGCUUGGAUGAUUUUAAAUGAUAUUCCUCAAUGGCAACAAGUAGAAGAAACUACAAAAUAUUUAAAUGAAAAGGAUAUAGGAAUAGAAGAUUCAAUGUAUGAAGAAUUUAUGUACUUAAAAUCGUUUAUUGAAUGUGAAAUCAGCGAUGAAUGGAAAGCUAAAAAUAUGGAAGCAAAAUGGAAACACUUUUUUUGA